GGAAGGCCGAGAGCUACUCUUCCUCCUCCUCCUCCUCCUCCUGGAGAUUGCAGCAUCCCGCAUCGCCUGCUCUGGUCUGGACAGGCGUCCGGGGCGCCUUUCAUCCGCCUAGCAAGAAACAGCAGCAGCAGAGGCGUCCGCGGCGCCUCCUCCUGCUGCAAUCUGCAUUCUGCCUUUGUCCUGCGCCCCGCCAUGGCCUCGGGGGCUCAUGCACAGGUGAUGUUUGAGGACGUGGCCGUCUAUUUCUCCUUGGCGGAGUGGGCGGAGCUAGCAGAAUGGCAGAAGGACCUCUACCGGGCCGUGAUGGUGGACAACUAUGAAGCGGUCACCUCUCUGGGGCACCCGUCCGCCAAACCCGAGAUCAUCUGCAAAAUCGAGCGCGAAGAGGAGCCUUGCAUGGAGGAGCCCCUCGAGACCCCCAAAUGGAAGAGACCCCAAAGCCCCUGGCUGGGAGAUGGGAUCAGGAUGGAAGACGAGGACGAAGGCAGAGGGGCAGUCCAUGUCGGGAGGCGCAAGAGGAAGAAGGUGGCCCACGCUUCCAGAACGGAGAAGCCGGUGACCCGGGCGGCGAGCACACAGGACGAGGACGAGGGUCCCCCAAAGUUGACGCUGAAGACGAAGCCCCCCGAGUGCCCUGAGUGCGGCAAGAGCUUCCUGAGCAACGUGGCAAUGGUCAUCCACAUCCGGACACACACCGGGGAGCGGCCAUUCAGGUGCCACCUGUGCCCCAAGGGCUUCCCCUCACGGGGGGACCUGAAACGGCACAUCAAGACCCACCUGCGCAAGAAGGAGGACCCCACAGCCGGCGACGCCACCCCCAGGGUGCGGAAGUGCCUGACGGCCAAGCUCCAGCUCCUGCGCCAGCUAGGGGCCGCCCCGGGCCCCAGGAAGCCCCACACCUGCGCCCAGUGCGGAAAGAGCUUCAACAAGAAGCAGGACUUGCGCAAGCACCACGGGACCCACUCGAGCGAGCGGCCCUUCUCCUGCCCGGAGUGCGGGCGCAGCUUCCGGCUCAAGCAGAUCCUGGUGGCCCACAUGAAGGUGCACGUCGGGGAGCGGCCCUUCUCCUGCCAGCAGUGCGGGAAGCGCUUCAGCCAGAAGCACCACGUGGAGAGCCACCAGCGCGUCCACACGGGCGAGAAGCCCUUCUCGUGCACCACGUGCGGGAAGCGCUACUCGCAGAAGCAGCCGCUCAUCAGCCACCUCCGGGUGCACACCGGGGAGCGGCCCUACGCCUGCGCGGAGUGCGGGAAGACCUUCCGCAACCAGGCCACCCUGACCAUCCACAACCGGAUGCACACCGGCGAGCGGCCCUACCGCUGCCUGCUGUGCGGCAAGACCUGCAGCCAGCUGCAGCACCUCAAGAGCCACCAGAGGGUCCACCGCGGGGAGCAGCACCUUCUGCAGGCGGGUGACGCCAAGGCGCUGGCCCUCAAGAGGGCCCGCGAGCUGAAGGAGAAGCCCUACCCGUGCCCCAGGUGCGAGAAGCGCUUCCGGGACGAGGAGAUCAUGCAGACCCACUUGAGGACGCACGAGGAGAAGCUGGCGAAAUGUGGACUCCUUCCGAGCGGAGCCAGCCCUGGGGAAGGCCCUCCUCUUCCCGUUCAGGCCCCCAAGACCCUGCCAGAGUUUAAAUCCAUCGGCAGAGGGACGGGCGCAAGCAAGAAGCCUCCCUCUGCGCCCCAGCCUGGCCCGGCAACUGGGAAGAGGGCCUUCGCAUGCUCCGAUUGUGGCAGGAAGUUCACCCAGGCGAAAUACCUCACCAUGCACCGGAGGAGCCACACAUGAGGGAAACCUGUUUGGGUUGGAAGGAAACCUGGUGGUGCAUUUUAAGGAUACCUUUGUGAGCAAAGGCUUUCUUUGGAGCAACUAGCGUGUGGAAGCUACACAGAAAUCUUCCUCUGGCCCAUAUAAUGAGGUUGGGGGAGGUGGAGAACAAGGGGGCAAAGUAUGUUUCUAGCUUGAGCUGAAAUAGUUCCUGCAACAAAAGCAGUUAUAUUUCUUAUCUUCCACCCUCACCCCCUUAUUUUGAGUAUCUCGCCCAUGGAAGAUUUCUGUGUAACUUGCAAGCCUGUAGCAGUUGUCCUCAGCGAAGGGAUUGCUUCGAUUCCUUAUCCCGUGGAUGCAAGGGGACUGCAAUAACUCUGAACUCUUUGUAGCUCUAGAUCUAGUGGGACAGUGUGCAGCAUUCCUUGAGUCCUUGUUGCAAAGGCUUCUGGGUAGCUGUCCUACAUGGGGAAGUGCCCAAGAGAGGGGGA